AUGGCGGACGAGCUAGGGAGGGCGCCUGGUGCUAGCCCCAGUAGCGAUUCGAACCCGUCGCAAUCUCCUGGCCUCUAUCCCCCAUUCUCCGGCCCUCCCUCCGAACAAAGGCGCAGCUCAUCACAACUACUGUCCCCUCGAAUGCCGGAUUUGGUUCGGGAUUCAAAACUCGAGACACACUUUAUACCCGACAGCAGUGUUGAAACUGUGCAUACCUACCACGAGCCGGAUUAUAAGUCGCGACGUCGACUCGUUUCCAGAUCUGAACAUUGGAGGCGGUAUGGAAAGAUCGGGGGUGGAAGCUAUGGAAGCGUUUGGCUGGAAAAAUGCGUCAAGGGAGCCAGGCGCGAAAAUGGACUUCGUGCGGUCAAGCAGAUGGAAGUGCGACGGCAAUCGACGCGGGUAGAUUAUAAUCGCGAAUUGGAGGCUAUAGCUAAAUUCUCGCAUUGGAAAUACGAGCGUGCAUUCGUCAAAUCGUUCGGUUGGUAUGAAGGUCCUGACCAUUUGUUUAUCGCAAUGGAAUACCUUGAGUUGGGAGAUCUUCAUACGUAUCUGCAGCAUAAGCCGGCGCUGCCAGAACACGAAGCCAAGGAGGUCACAUUUCAAAUUCUAGAUGGUCUCUUUUUGAUGCACGACAACGAAUUCGCGCAUCGUGAUAUGAAGCCCAGAAAUAUCCUUCUCAAGUCCUGUCCUCCUGAUGAGUGGUGGGUCAAGAUAGCAGACUUUGGUAUCAGCAAGAGAAUCGAAGAUGAAGUUGGAGCGUCGUCUACGCUCAAGGGAACACUCGGCUAUAUUGCACCCGAAUUACACGGCUUUAUCAAGCGUGGUAGUCCAUACGCGCCGGAUCUUUGGGCGGUCGGAGAGAUCGCAUUUCAAAUGCUCACAAAGCAGGCGACGUUCAAAAACCUUGGCAUGCUUUUCACAUACAUGAGUAAUCUCGAGAUGUUUCCAUACGAUCUACUACUCGCGGCUCGUGUGGGCCAGAGCGGCCUGGAAUGCAUCUUCUCAUUCAUGCACCCAGACCCCAUCCAGCGUGUGACCGCAGAGGUCGCUUUACAACACACGUGGUUCAAUGAUGCUCCUCUAUCCCGUCAAGGCUCGGUUAGAUCAGCUCGUAAUAUAUCACCUCCGGCUCGGGUGGCAGAUACAGAAACCGAAGAGCUUGCCACCUGGAAUACUAUCGCCACACAGGAAUCAGAGAACAACCCCCCUGGCCAGAUAGGGGAAGCUGAGAUAGCAACUUGGAACACUGAACAUAGCCAUGGAAAGAAUAUGAGUCUGGACGCUGGGCAGCCUGCGGAUUGGCCAAUCAGGACGAAUAAUGUUCCUUUGGCAGGGGACGCGGCUCCUGUCGAGGAUGAUAUGAAGAUUCACGUCGAUUCGCCGAAGCCGGAAAACACAGGCAUCAACUUGACGGCUCUGGAUGAACUCGCUCAAUUCUUUGGUGAGGGUCAACCCGACAUCCGCCGUGAAUCAGGCAAUAUGAGUCUGGACGCUGGGCAGCCUGCGGAUUGGCCAAUCAGGACGACUAAUGUUCCUCUGGCAGGGGACGCGGCUCCUGUCGAGGAUGAUAUGAAGAUUCACGUUGAUUCGUUGAAGCCGGAAAUCACAGGCAUCAACUCGACGGCUCUGGAUGAACUCGCUCAAAUCUUUGGUGAAGGUCAACCCGACAUCCACCGUGAAUCAAGCACGCAAAAUGUCCAGGCUGAAAACGCCGAUCCUCAGUCCACGGUCAUGGAAGGGACAACUCUCGUCCACGCCGAGGAACCUACGGCACAAGCUGGUGUUGUCCGGGAAAGAGUUCCAGCAGUCCAGCGGAUAGAAAAACACUCACAUCCUAUCUUGGGUGGAAAGUUCGAUGACCUACCUGGGUCAGGAAUAAUCACCACUUCAAAUGCACCGGAGACCAUUGCUCCAACAUAUCCAGAGAAUCAACGCCAUAGCUUGGUUGUACAUACCGGUGACGAAGAAGAGCCCGAGACCUUUAUUGCGCGGCGAUUGAGAGAAAUAAGGGAUUCAAGACCGCAAGAUAGCCCGCUAUCAGAGUCAUCAAACGUUUCGCAACCGUCUAACGCGGCGGCCACUUGGGCAGCUGGGAUAACGUCCAGUAGCGAACGACCGGGAUGGCAGUCAUAUGAGGGUACAACCAAGCAGUCAUCCGACGGCAAAUCCAAAAUCAGCAAGACAUUCAAAGGUCUAUUCAGCGGAUGGAGGAGCAAUGAUCCUAAGGUCCAUAACCAUCUUUCCGAGUUCGAUGACCCUGGCCGAAGCAAUCCUCAUCUCGAACCCCAGAUCCCAUUUCAAAGCGACACCCUGUACACCACCCCACCGCCGAUACCCAGUAGCUCGCGCAAGGUUUUUGGAGUGACGAUAGACGAGCUCUAUUCCCGACAUCCGGACAUGCCUGUUCCUCAAAUUGUCCAACAAUGCAUCGCGGCCGUUGAGACAUAUGCCCUUAAUCUACAGGGCAUAUACCGCCAGUCUGAGAAGCCAGGAACUAUUGAACGAAUGAUCGCAGAGUUCGAGUUGAAUUGGCCACAUCACGACUUGAAGCUGCCAGCCCAUUUCCAUCACAACAUUCACAAUGUUACCAGUUUAUUGAAGAGAUAUUUCAGGGAUCUUCCAAACCCUCUACUCACCUUGCAGCAUUACCACUCCUUCAUCUCUGCGGCCAAAGUGGAUGAUGACAUCGGGCGCCGAGACUCCAUUCAUGCUCUCAUCAAUCAACUUUCUGACCCACACUACGUGACUCUCAGGGCUCUGACAUUUCAUCUGGAUAAGGUCCAGCAGCGUUCCAACCAGAACCGCAUGACCACUGGAAAUCUGGCCAUAAUUUUUGGGCCCACGCUUAUGGGUUCCAACACAACUAACAUGGUCGACACUGGCUGGCAAGUUCGGGUAGUUGAAACUAUCAUCACAUACGCAUCGGAUAUUUUUGACGAGGAUUGA